UUAAUCUUUAAACAUUUCUCCACAUAUUUCAGACGAAUCUGACAAUAUGUCUCGUGAACGUCAGAACAAGAUGUAUGACUGGCAUAGAAUAUUCGUCCAGGCAAUUAUGUCCAGGGGGAUUAUGACCGGUUCAGAGGUAUUCAGCCUAGUUCGUGAUAUCUGUGAGGAGUUUAAAGGGAGGCCUGGUUUCCCUAAGAUAAACCUAUCUGCUAGUCCGAAGGAAGUAAACCAGGAUAUAGCUGAACUGAUAGAAGAAUUGUACACUGUUGCAAACUAUUCUCUAGAGAAAAUACAAUUCCAAAUCAAGAAAGGUUUUGAGGAAACAAAGACGGAUUCACAGUACGUGCAAUACUACACCCUGGUCCCUACAGAAGAGAAUGAGCAAAUAGCCAAGCUUCAGAAGAAUAUGACGGAACCAGAGUUGGAGCUCCUUAAGUUAAUCUGUAUCCAUCUUAUUGAAGAUCGACCUGACAAGACAGAUACAGAGACUAAUCUAAUAAAUCAGUGUAUCAAAGGAGGCAACAAUGCAUCCAAGAAGAAGUUGACACAGUUAGAAGCUGCCAAAACUCUUAAGGGGUUUAUUGCUGAAGGAUAUCUAACUAAACGAGGAACUAGAGCACAAAAGGGAGGAAGGAUAGGACUAGGAGCUCGGCUGAUGAUGGAACUAGAAGUCUGGUUGGAGAAGAAUACUAACAUUGAGAGUUGUACAAGCUGUUCUAAACCUGUUGCGAUCUCAGUAUUGUGUACUAACAAAAACUGUGACGCUGUGUUCCACAAGUACUGCGUAGAGUCAAAACCCAAGUGUACGUCAUGUAAACAACCGCUUAAGCUGGAAGGAGUUGCAUCGAAGAGAUAGUAUUACGGAUUAAAGAAACCCCUAACCCUAUCGUAUUGGUUGGAAAAUGUGAUGAAAUGUAGUCAUCUCAAGGUCUAAAAAAUGUGAUCUGUAAAAAACAUAAUUAAUUUUUGUGGAAUCUCAGAUCACAUACGAGUUUGUGUUCGGUGUGGGGGAGGGGGGGCUGUUUUAUAGUACAAAAAUCCUGUGAAAUGUCAUUCAUACAAACCGAUUAAAACCACAAAAACGCUUGUUUUCUUUUUCAGA